UUUUACAUGUAUAUUUGAGCAACAGUCAUUCUUUAUCAUCAGUCGUCUUCCAGAAAGCCAGUAGUGAAAGUGUAUCGUGCUCGUAGGAAAAAUUUCAUCUUCACGCUAUGGAACAAAAAACUGACAUCGGCGUUAUUGGCUUAGCGGUCAUGGGUCGAAAUUUGGCACUGAACCUGACAGAUAAAGGAUUUUUUGUCAGCGUACAUAAUAGGACAACUCCAGAGGAACGUUUACUACAAGACUUCCUUGAAAAUGAAGCAAAACCCUUGGUCAGCGCAGGAAAGCUCAUUGGUUUCUUUGACUUACCGUCUUUUGUGGAAGGAAUUAAGCCACCGAGGCGUAUUCUCCUCAUGAUUAGCGCCGGACCGCCUGUUGAUUCCGUCAUUGCAGAAUUGGUGCCCCUUCUCGAACAAGGCGAUAUAAUCAUGGAUGGGGGUAAUUCCGAACAUGCGGACACUACACGCAGAUGCCGGGCCCUCCGCAAUAUGGGUUUGCAUUUUCUAGGGGUUGGUGUUUCGGGUGGAGAGGAGGGUGCUCGACAUGGUCCAUCUAUCAUGCCCGGAGGAAGUCUUGAAGGAUGGCUACAUACUAAAAAUAUUCUGCAAGCCAUCUCGGCAAAAGUGGAUGGAAAACCAUGUUGUUCUUGGAUCGGGACGGACACAGCUGGUAAUCCUACGUCCUCAGAAGGCGCUGGGCAUUUUGUUAAAACCGUCCACAAUGGCAUCGGGUAUGCCGAUAUGCAAUUACUUGCGGAAGCGUAUCACCUGAUGAAAGAUCUUCUAAACAUGGGACCUCCAGAUAUAGCUCAGGUAUUUGAUAGCUGGAACGCUGAAAACCUAGAGUGGCGAUUGCUGGAAAACACGGCUGAAAUUCUCAGAUUUAAGGACGAGUAUGGUGAGUAUCUUAUCGACAAAAUACGCGAUGCAGCUGCCCAGAAAGGUACGGGUAAGUGGGCCGUGAUUGAAGCUGCUAAUGCUGGUAUACCAGCUAAUGUGAUUGCGGAGUCAGUUUUCGCAAGAUUCAUCUCUGCUUCCAAAAACGAACGUGUUGCAGCGUCAACACAGCUAGUUGGACCCACUUUGCAGAAGUUCGAAGGUGAUCAUAGCACAAUGAUUGAUGACAUAAGAAAGGCUGUCCAAGCGUCGAAAAUAAUUCUUUACGCUCAAGGAUUUAUGCUUCUUCAGGAAGGUCUACCGAAACUGUUUGGGUGUCAUUUAAAUUGCGCUGAUUUAGCACAAAUGUGGAGAGGCGGUUGUGUUAUUCGAAGCAAGUUUCUCGAUCACGUCAAAAAUGCUUUUGUUCUCAAUCCUCAACUAAAGAACUUGAUGAUGGAUGAAUAUUUCAGCCGGGAGUUGGCUGAGUGCCAACUAGCUUGGCGCCGAGCUACAGUAACAGCCAUAAACCAUGGGAUUCCAACGCCAGCGUUCUGUUCAGCGCUCUCUUACUAUGACAGCUUUCGAUGUCCGCGCCUUCCUGCCAAUUUAUUACAGGCUCAGCGCGAUUUUUAUGGUGCUCAUACAUUCGAAUUACUGGAACAUCCUGGCGUGUUUCUACACAACGAUUGGACUGGAGUGAAACCAAAAUGAAUUCACCUUCUUGUAAUUCUAGGAAUUUUUAUUAGUACCAAAAAAUAGUAAUAAAAUAAGCUGAACAGAAUUGAAGCAAAGGAAUGGUUCAUCUUGUAGCAACUAGUAGAAACAGGAUUAAUACACUGCUCUACUUACAAA